AUUAGAACGUGGGAUUUCUUUGAAAGACUGUUUUGCUGACUCUCAAGUUUAAGGGACAGCUGCUCAGGAAGCAAUCUUGCAUGCGUCUGGAAAUGGCACAACCAAGGACUACUGCAUGCUUUAUAACCCUUAUUGGACAACUCUUCCAAGUACCCUAGAAAAUGCAACUUCCGUUAGUUUGAUGAAUCUGACUUCCACACCACUAUGCAACCUUUCUGAUAUUCCUUCUGUUGGCAUAAAGAGCAAAGCAGUUGUGGUUCCAUGGGGAAGCUGCCAUUUUUUUGAAAAAGCCAGAAUUGCACAGAAAGGAGGUGCUGAAGCAAUGUUAGUUGUCAAUAACAGUGUCCUAUUUCCUCCCUCAGGUAACAGAUCUGAAUUUCCUGAUGUGAAAAUACUGAUUGCAUUUAUAAGCCACAAAGACUUUAAAGAUGCAAACCAGAUUCUGGGAAAUAACAUUACUGUGAAAAUGUAUUCUCCAUCGUGGCCUGACUUUGAUUAUACUAUGGUGGUUAUUUUUGUAAUUGCUGUGUUCACUGUGGCAUUAGGUGGAUACUGGAGUGGACUAGUUGAAUUGGAAAACUUGAAAGCAGUGACAACUGAAGAUAGAGAAAUGAGAAAAAAGAAGGAAGACUAUCUAACUUUCAGUCCUCUUACAGUUGUCAUAUUUGUGGUCAUCUGCUGUGUUAUGAUGGUCUUACUUUAUUUCUUCUACAAAUGGUUGGUUUAUGUUAUGAUAGCAAUUUUCUGCAUAGCAUCAGCAAUGAGUCUGUACAACUGUCUUGCGGCACUGAUUCAUAAGACACCAUGCGGACAAUGCACGAUUGCAUGUCGUGGCAAAAGCAUGGAAGUGAGACUUAUUUUUCUCUCUGGACUGUGCAUAGCAGUAGCUGUUGUUUGGGCUGUGUUUCGAAAUGAAGACAGGUGGGCUUGGAUUUUACAGGAUAUCUUGGGGAUUGCUUUCUGUCUGAAUUUAAUUAAAACACUGAAGUUGCCCAACUUCAAGUCAUGUGUGAUACUUCUAGGCCUUCUCCUCCUCUAUGAUGUAUUUUUUGUUUUCAUAACACCAUUCAUCACAAAGAAUGGUGAGAGUAUCAUGGUUGAACUUGCAGCUGGACCUUUUGGAAAUAAUGAAAAGUUGCCAGUAGUCAUCAGAGUACCAAAACUGAUCUAUUUCUCAGUAAUGAGUGUGUGCCUCAUGCCUGUUUCAAUAUUGGGUUUUGGAGACAUUAUUGUACCAGGCCUGUUGAUUGCAUAUUGUAGAAGAUUUGAUGUUCAGACUGGUUCUUCUUAUAUAUACUAUGUUUCAUCUACUGUUGCCUAUGCUAUUGGCAUGAUACUUACAUUUGUUGUUCUGGUGCUGAUGAAAAAGGGGCAACCUGCUCUCCUCUAUUUAGUACCUUGCACACUCAUUACUGCCUCAAUUGUUGCCUGGAGACGUAAGGAAAUGAAAAAGUUCUGGAAAGGUAACAGCUAUCAGAUGAUGGACCAUCUGGAUUAUGCAACAAAUGAAGAAAACCCUGCAUUGACUGGUGAACAGAUUGUCCAGCAAUAAUAUGUGGAGCUGCUAUAAUGUGUCAUUGAUUUUCUACAAAUAGACUUGGAGUUUUUAAAUUGACUUUUGAAUUGACAAUCUGAAAGAGUCGUCAAUGAUAUGCUUGCAAAUAUAUAUUUUUAUGAGCUGGUACUGACAGUUACAUCAUAAAUAACUAAAACGCUUUGCUUUUAAUGUUAAAGUUGUGCCUUCACAUUAAAUAAAACCUGGCUGUGUAGUUUCCGAGA